CCGUGCCUCCCUUCCCUCUCUCACAUUCACUUCCUCCCCAGCUCCAAAGCCAAGAACCAUCACUCCUCCAACCAAGCCACCAUAUCCUCCGAUCUAUUCUUUCCCGGUGCGAGCCGAGCGAGAGAUCAGCCGAGCCGAGAGAGAGGGGGCGCAGUGCGGUAUUGGUUGCGCGGUCACCUCCGGCGGUCGCCAUCGGCGCGCUUUUCCGCCCAUCACUUUUGGCGUCCAACUCGCGGCCCGGCCCUGCCUCUUGCUUUCCCACAUCCUUGCUUCAAUGAUGAUGGGGCGGUGGCGGUGGUGCUGGUGGGUUUGGUCCUGAAGCCCCAUCCAUCCCCAGGUCCCGAUCCACCAGCUGCUCCUUUUCCUCCCUCCCUCCGUCCCCGCUUCUCUUUUCAGCUAAGGUUGGACGGCAGGCUCUCUCUCCUUGUCAGCCGUCAGGAGCGACCUGCCUCUGCCGGUGCUUCUGCUGGGUCGAGAGUUCUUGGGUUUUCUUCCCGCGAGUUGGUUGGCUUCGAGCGAGGGAGGGGGAUUUUUUCUGGAGGUCGUCGUUCUCAUGAUGAGGAGGGAUGAGAGGAGGGGUGCGGCGGCUGCGGCGACGUGCAGGGACCAGUUCCCCGUCGGCAUGCGGGUCCUCGCCGUCGACGACGACCCGGUCUGCCUCAAGGUGCUCGAGACCCUCCUGCGGCGCUGUCAGUAUCACGUGACGGCGACAAAUCAGGCUAUUAUCGCGCUGAGGAUGCUGCGGGAAAACAGGGACAUGUUUGAUUUGGUUAUCAGUGAUGUGCACAUGCCAGACAUGGAUGGCUUUAAACUUCUUGAGCUUGUGGGGCUUGAAAUGGACCUCCCUGUCAUCAUGUUAUCUGUGAAUGGAGAAACAAAAACUGUAAUGAAGGGGAUAACUCAUGGCGCCUGUGACUAUCUCCUAAAACCUGUUCGCAUCGAGGAACUUAAGAAUAUCUGGCAGCAUGUUGUUAGGAGAAAAUUCAGUACCCGUGACUCUCUUAAUGCCGAUAUGUAUGAAGAGUGCAAUAAGCCACCAAGUUCGGACUCUGACUAUUUGUACGACCAAGUUAAAUGUGGGUCGUCUGUCCAAAGUGGAAGGCCCAACAAGAAGAGGAAGGAAUACCAUAGCGAGGAGGAAGAUGAAGACGGGGAUAGCAGCGGUCAAGACAACGAUGACCCUUCCGCUCCAAAGAGGCCAAGAGUUGUUUGGUCUGUUGAACUGCAUAGAAAAUUUGUCACUGCUGUCAACCAUCUUGGAAUUGACAAAGCUGUGCCAAAAAGAAUACUCGAGCUUAUGAAUGUUGAGAAACUCACUAGGGAAAAUGUUGCAAGUCACCUACAGAAAUACAGGGUUUAUCUCCGACGGUUAAGUGCUGUGGCAUCACAACAAGCUGGCAUCGUUGCCGCCUUGGGAGGUAGAGACCCCUUUCUCCGCAUGGAUGCAUUUGAAGGACUCCAGGGUUAUCAAGCUUUCACCUCUCCUGCAGCGCUAUCAACUUUCGGUGCACAUGGAUUGCUAAAUAGUCCUAGAAACAACCAAACAGCGGUUGUGAUUCAGGGGGUGGCCACUUCCAGGUCAAUUCCAACUGGAAGUAGUAGUUGCACAACAAAUCCUUUGAUUGGUGAUGCAGCUAACUAUCAUCUUAGCCCACCAGGAAACCGCCAUGGGAACUUGGCACAAGGUUUAGUGACAUCGCUUGGGCAGACCCAAUUGGAACAGAAGUGGAUGAAUGAAGGCAGCGGUGACCUGUCCAGCAUCCUUUCCGGGAGCAGCCGGGCUAAUGGCAUGCCUCGCAUGCUCCCAAGUGUCACAAGCAGCCCAUUAUUGCCUUCAGAUCUUGUGGAGUGCACACAAGCCCAAGUAGCCAUCCAACCACCAGUUACAGCUCCCUCUGCAAGUUUAGAACAACUUGAAGGCGCCAUUGGAGCUUCUUCCGGUACAUUGGUGUCUCGUGUAUCCCAGCAGAACGCUCUUUCUCCAUCUGGAUUUUCUGCAAACGGGUUGCUAGUGCAUGGUUCGCUCAACAAUUACGGUGCUUCAUUCAGCAGUAACGGUGCAACCAGAUUGGGUGAUGCAUUCUCAGCCAGUUUUCGUCAAACAAAUGACUUCACCGUCCCAAGAGGUAUGAAAGUGGGAUCUAGCUCCUUUGGUGGCGCGAUACAUUUGUCUCCAGAUACCACCGAGCAAAAGUACUUGAGCUUUGGAAGUUCAGACAGUCUACUUGAUCCGAAGCUUGUAUGGAGUUCCUCUCAGUUGCCAAGCAACAUUGGUGCUCAUCAUUUCAUGAGCCAGAGGUCGAACAACUGCAGCAUUGGCAGCAGCCAUGGUGCCAGAAUGUUUGGACAGACAAGCGCAGGUGCCUCGACAGCUGUUCCACAAGCAAAGUUCGACAUCCUCUUCUCAGGAGAUGCUUCGAUGGCAAGGAAUGCAUCCGAAUCAAGCGCUCGAAGGUCCGAAUCAAGCGCUCAAAGGUUGCAGAGCGAGCUCAGCUCCAGCACCUGCAGCUUUGACGGUCUUCUCAAUUCCAUGAUCAAAGUGGAGAAGGACGAUGUUGCCUUCAGCGACGAUCUGGGGUGCGACUUCUACUCGUUCGGGGCUUGCAUAUGACUAAGAGGCCGCCGGCCGUUCAUCCUCGUCACCCUGCAUCCUGUGUAUACGCAUGUUCCCCCACCCUUUUGUUUAUGGUAUGCCGUGUAGUGUAGCUAGUGUUGCUGAUCUUUAGUAGGCCUAGUGCUGGGCUGUAUGUGUAUGUAUUGUAGUAGCAGUAGCAGCUGUUGGAGAAGGGUUCAUUGCUAACUUGAGCAGCUAGAGUCGUCGAUCAUGGUUUGAUUGUAAGCUUUAUGCAGGUGAGUAAUCUAUUCCGGUUUGGCUGCAA